CACCCACCCCUCCGCCAGGAAAUGUGAGUGGGGCUGAUGGAAGCUGAUAGGCAGGACCGGAGUGUUAGCACCAGGACUGGAUGUGACAGCAGGCAGAGGAGCACUUAGCAGCUUAUUCAGUGUCCGAUUCGGAUUCCGGCAAGGAUCCAAGUAUGGAAUGCUGCCGUCGGGCAACUCCUGGCACACCGCUCCUCUUUCUGGCUUUCCUGCUUCUGAGCUCCAGGACAGCACGCUCUGAGGAGGACCGGGACGGCCUGUGGGAUGCCUGGGGUCCAUGGAGUGAGUGUUCACGUACCUGCGGUGGAGGAGCCUCUUACUCCCUGAGACGUUGCCUGAGCAGCAAGAGCUGUGAAGGAAGAAACAUCCGAUACAGAACAUGUAGUAAUGUGGACUGCCCACCAGAAGCAGGGGAUUUCCGAGCUCAGCAGUGCUCUGCUCACAAUGAUGUCAAACAUCAUGGCCAGUUUUAUGAAUGGCUUCCUGUCUCCAAUGAUCCUGACAACCCAUGUUCACUCAAGUGCCAGGCCAAAGGAACAGCGCUAGUUGUUGAACUAGCUCCUAAAGUUUUAGAUGGCACUCGUUGCUACACAGAGUCAUUGGAUAUGUGCAUCAGUGGUUUAUGCCAAAUUGUUGGCUGUGAUCACCAGCUGGGAAGCACCGUCAAGGAAGAUAACUGUGGGGUCUGCAAUGGAGAUGGGUCCACCUGCCGGCUGGUCCGAGGGCAGUAUAAAUCCCAGCUCUCCGCAACCAAAUUAGAUGACACGGUGGUUGCAAUUCCCUAUGGAAGCAGACAUAUCCGCCUUGUUUUAAAAGGACCUGAUCACUUGUAUCUGGAAACCAAAACGCUGCUUGGGGUUAAAGGUGAAAGCAGUCUCAGCUCUACAGGCACCUUUCUUGUGGACAAUUCUAGUGUGGACUUCCAGAAAUUUCCAGACAAAGAGAUACUGAGAAUGGCUGGACCACUCACAGCAGAUUUUAUUGUCAAGAUCCGUAACUUGGGACCCGCUGACAGUACAGUCCAGUUCAUCUUCUAUCAGCCUAUCAUCCACCGAUGGAGGGAGACAGAUUUCUUUCCUUGCUCAGCAACCUGUGGAGGAGGUUACCAGCUGACUUCCGCUGAGUGUUACGACCUUCGAAGCAACCGCAUGGUUGCUGAUCAAUACUGUCACUAUUACCCGGAGAACGUGAAACCCAAACCCAAGCUUCAAGAGUGCAACUUAGAUCCUUGUCCGGCCAGUGACGGAUACAAGCAGAUCAUGCCUUAUGACCUCUACCAUCCCCUUCCUCGGUGGGAGGCCACCCCGUGGACCGCGUGCUCCUCCUCGUGUGGGGGGGGCAUCCAGAGCCGGGCAGUUUCCUGUGUGGAGGAGGACAUCCAGGGGCAUGUCACUUCAGUGGAAGAGUGGAAAUGCAUGUACACCCCUAAGAUGCCCAUCGUGCAACCCUGCAACAUUUUUGACUGCCCUAAAUGGCUGGCACAGGAGUGGUCUCCGUGCACGGUGACAUGUGGUCAGGGCCUCAGGUACCGUGUGGUGCUCUGCAUCGACCAUCGAGGAAUGCACACAGGAGGCUGUAGCCCGAAAACAAAGCCCCACAUAAAAGAGGAAUGCAUCAUACCCACUCCCUGCUAUAAACCCAAAGAGAAGCUUCCUGUAGAGGCCAAGCUGCCAUGGUACAAACAAGCUCAAGAGCUAGAAGAGGGAGCUGUUGUCUCAGAAGAGCCCUCGUAAGUUAUAAAACAACAAUUUGUUUUUCCUUUGAGCUGAUGGACUUAAAAAAGCAAUGUCUCACUGGUUGUGCCUUUCAUGGGUUUAUGAACUAAGUGUGAGCAUCU